AUGCAUCUCCCCAGCCACUUGCUGUGGACUCUCACCGCAGCAACAAUAACAACAACCGCACUCGCCGCCCCAUCCCACCUUUGGGCAACACACUACAACGGCAAUGUCUACACACUAACCCUCUCCGGCGAUUCCUUCUCCAUCACCGACACCCGCAAGACCUGCGGCGACUUGCCAAGCUGGCUAACCUUCGACUCCCACACGCGCACGCUGUACUGCUCCGACGAGAGCGGCACGUCCGACCCCUCGACGCAUGGCUCCCUCACGGCGUACCACGCAGCUCCUGAUGGGGUUCUGCAUGAGCUUGCUACAACGAAGACGAUUGGGGGUGGCGUGAAUAGUGUUAUUUAUGAAGGGGAUAGCAGGAAGUUUAUUGCUCUUGCGCAUUACGAAGGCUCCGCCGUAUCAACCUUCGCCCUCCCCCUUCACGCCAACGCACUCGCAGAGCAAGCCUUCCACUUCCACAUGACACAUCCGGGCGCAGUAGCCCAACAAGACGCGCCGCACCCACACGAAGUGUUCCUGGACCCAACAGGAACAUUCCUGAUCAGCCCAGAUCUAGGCAUGGACGUGCUGCACGUGUACGCGAUCGACAGCGCGACGGGCCGGUUAAGCAGCUGCCCAAGCGUGAAGGUAGCAUUUGGCAGCGGGCCUCGCCACGGCGUCUUCUGGACUGACGGCACGGGCAAGGAGCCCUGGUGGGCAUCUGCGGGAGACGGCGAGGCGCAGAGACACACGUGGGCGCCUGUUGGGAAGACGAUGAUGUAUCUUGUCAAUGAGAUUGGAGGCACGAUGAUGGUGUUUGAUGUUGCGUAUUCGCGGUCUGGGUGUAUCAGCUUUUACGAGAAACAGACGCUUGUGCCGUACACGGAUGGCAAGAUGCCGGAAGGCGCAACGCCGGCUGAGAUCCGGCAGAUCGGGAAUGCGUUUUAUGUUUCUGUUCGGAGUGAUGGCGGGUUCCCUGGGAAGAAUGACUCGAUCGUCACGCUGGACCGCUCGCCGCGCAGUGGACUGGUAUCACUGCGCAACACCACGCCGGCGCACGGCAAGGUACCGCGUACGUUUGCGAUCAACCGCGCGGGUGAUCUGGUGGCUAUUGGGAACCAGGCAUCCGCGACGGUAGCGAUUGUGCGAAGGGAUCGGGAGUCUGGGAACCUGGGUGAGCAGGUUGCCAUCCUACAAGUUGGUGAGCCUGGGAAGGUGGGUACUACGGAGGGACUGAGCAGUGUGAUCUGGGAUGAGUAG